AUGAAGGUAAAGCGUCUUAAGAAGACCAAAAAAACCCUCAAAUUCUUUUCCAUUAACUUCCGCCUCACCCCACCGUACCAUAUACUGUUCGAUGGCACAUUUCUCAACCAUGUGGCUCAUAUUCAUCAGCCCCUGCAAGAAAUCGUUGACCGAGUAUUUAUGAGGCAGCCGGUUGUCUUUUACACGACGGCACAGGUGGUUGAAGAGCUCAAGAAGCUCGAAAUGGAGGAUGCACUCAAGCUGGCUGCAUCUCUGAAGACCCUAUCUCCAACGGGAGAGACUCCUGCAGAGAGCAUUCUCAACCUGGUGGUGACCCCCAACCUUCCCAAGCAGCAGUUCUUUGUAGUUGCAACACGUGACUGGGAGCUAAUUUCUAAAAUACGGAAGUAUCCCAAGGCAAUGGUUCUGAAUAUCAAUGGGGUGGUUCCCAUCCUGGACACCCCGUCCUAUGCUAGCCAGGACGUAGCCCGCGAGAAGCAGCUGAAGCUCAUGGGUGUCGACCCGUCUUCAGAGGAGUGGAAGCGCCCUGCCAGACGGGGUAAAGGUUAA